AUGUCAAAACCAAUUAAAGUAUUUAUGAUUAAUGGAAGUCCAAGAGAAAAAGGAAACACUUUUACUAUGUUGAGUUGGGUAAAAGAAGGAUUAGAAAAAGAAGGUAUUGAAGUGGAAAUUUAUCAACUUGGAAAGAAAGAGAUUAAACCUUGUGUUGCAUGUUAUGCAUGUCAAAAAACUGGAAAGUGUUGGAAAGAUGAUUCAGUCAUGGAUGAGUUGCUUCAGAAAAUAAUUGAGGCAGAUGGAAUAAUUAUUGGAAGUCCAACAUAUUACGCAGACGUUCCAGGAGUUGUCAAGACAUUCAUUGAUAGAAGUCAACCAAUUUAUUACAGCAAAAAAACUCUUAGAAGAAAAGUUGGAGCGGCAGUUGUUAUGGCAAGAAGAGGAGGAGCUAUUCAUGUUUAUGACACAAUAAAUCAUUGGUUUGGAAUAAUCCAAUGA